AUGGCUACCGGAAUCUUCAACUCGACGUACUAUGGCAAGGACUACCGCGCUGGCGCCGCCCUCCUGCGUGCCCGCCGGCCGUACCUUUUCAAAAAUGCUCUGACCGGGUUUGGUCUAUUUGCCUUCUCCAUUGGCGUUUAUGCCUAUACCAUCCGCGCUGUCGGUCAAGAAGAAUUCUCCGACGUGAAGGUCCCCGAUGCCACCACGCAGAAAUAG